GCUCCGCCCAGCAUCUCCGCCACGCCCUCUCGUCGUCUCCUCCCCGCCUGUCCUGUGGGCGCUACCGGGUGAAGCAUGGCGGCGGUGGAGAGCAGAGUGUGUGAGACGGCGGACUGCACCAGCGAGGCCAAGCUGCAGUGUCCGACCUGCAUCAAGCUGGGCAUCCACGGCUCGUAUUUCUGCUCGCAGGAGUGUUUCAGAGGAAGCUGGGCAACACACAAACUACUGCACAAAAAAGCAAAAGAUGACAAAGGCAAGCGUGUGGUUUCACCAUGGUCUAUGGAAGGUGACGCCAACACAGAUCCUUGGCCAGGCUAUAGAUAUACUGGAAAACUUAAACCAUACUAUCCACUGACGCCCAUGCGACCUGUCCCAAGUUAUAUACAGAGGCCAGAUUAUGCAGAUCAUCCUUUAGGAGUGUCAGAGUCUGAGCAAGCCUUAAAAGGAACCUCACAAAUCAAAGUUCUUUGUGCAGAAGAUAUAGAAGGAAUGCGUAUAGUGUGUAAGCUGGCGAGAGAAGUACUUGGAGUCGCAGCCAUGAUGGUUAGAUCUGGAGUCACUACUGAGGAGAUAGACCAUGCUGUCCAUUUGGCAUGCAUUUCAAGAAAUUGUUACCCUUCUCCACUGAAUUAUUAUAACUUUCCGAAGUCAUGCUGCACAUCAGUAAAUGAAGUGAUCUGCCAUGGUAUUCCAGACAGGAGGCCUUUGCAGGAUGGAGACAUUGUAAACGUGGACAUUACAGUUUAUUGCAAUGGUUAUCACGGUGAUCUCAAUGAGACAUUUUAUAUUGGAGAAGUUGAGGAGGGAGCCAGAAAGCUUGUCCAGACAACCUAUGAGUGCCUAAUGCAGGCUAUUGAUGAGGUGAAACCCGGAGUUCGGUACAGAGAAUUGGGCAAUAUAAUACAGAAACAUGCUCAAGCCAAUGGCUUUUCGGUUGUUCGAAGCUACUGUGGACAUGGCAUUCACAAGCUAUUUCAUACAGCACCCAAUGUGCCACACUAUGCUAAAAACAAAGCAGUUGGUGUGAUAAAACCAGGUCAUGUAUUUACAAUUGAACCAAUGAUCUGUGAAGGUGGAUGGCAAGAUGAGACCUGGCCUGAUGGUUGGACUGCAGUGACAAGAGAUGGAAAACGGUCGGCACAAUUCGAGCACACCCUUUUAGUCACAGAGACUGGUUGUGAGAUACUUACAAGAAGAUUGGAAGACAAUGGACGUCCUUAUUUUAUGUCUUAGCAUACACCUAAUGUCUUUGCUAGUUGAUAUAAUUGGCAUUUUUACAUGAAAGGUACCUGAAGGAGAUGUGGGAUUUUCACAUAAGUGUCUAUGCCUGUUAAUACAGAGCAAAAACACAGUACCGUUUGAAACAGUAAAUGUGUUUAAAGAACUUAAUGAUGUUUUGAAACAAGAAGGAAACCAAACUUAAGAUGGCUUUUCUUCUCUCCUUUUUUAAAUAUCGGCACAUGCCAUUUAAUUUAGGUUUUACCAUUUUCCCCUUGAUGUGUCAAAUUUCUCCACACUGCCUUCUUUUUUUUGUCUCAUUCAGACAGGAAACACAUGAUGCCUCCAUACCAGACUUUCUACCUAAAAUGGCUGUAUCCUACAGAAUGGCUUUUUUUUUUUUUUUGGGGUGCUGCUAUUUUUUUUCCACUAUAUACAACUAGCUAUGCAUUUCUAUUUAAAACAAUGACUUCAUUUUAAAUCUGGCUGUCAUUAGGCUGCAAGAGUCACCUAGUUGGGAACACACCCAUGACCGUUGCUUGAUUUUAGAUCUAUAUUGGUAGCUUAUUGCUUCAUUCAUAAUGGUGCUGUAGAAAACAAUAAUUGAAACAGUUCACCUUUGCUAGAAGACAGACAUGUGUGGAAAAACUGUCUGUCUUGCCAAUUUAAGUGGAACUCCUUGCAAAAAGUUGAAAUACCUGUGUGCAAUGUUUAAAUCCCAAGGGAUUUGUACUUCUGUUCAGCCUACCUUUUUAUUAAUACACUACUUUCACAUUUCAUAGUUGGGCAGGCGCAUUUAUUGUCCGUUUUUGAAGCUUUCUAUUAUCUGGCUUGCUCAUUGAGCAGUGAAUUCUAAGCAUCGCUAUAUUGCUGAUUCAUUGUCCUGUAGGAGUUGGAAGGUGAUGCCAAAUGCGACAAAGAUAAAAUCAGAAACGGUGAUGUCUUCUGCCAGGCGGUACAAUGUGACAAAGGCUUGUGAAUUGCAAGAUGGGCUAAACAGAAUUACGGAUCCUUUUGAAUGUUAAAAAAAAAAUUAAUAAAAAUGCUUAUGUGUUUAUGUAUUGAGCUGUUUUUUGGUGUUCGGUUUCAAUAUGUUUUGUGUAAUAUUGGUGCCUUUUUGUAGUGAAACUUGGCUAACCUAUCGUAGUUUAAACUUGUGAUCAUCUUGACUACAUUACUCAAUUCUGAUUCUUUGCGGCCAGUGAAACAUGGUAGUAUAUUUGGCAAACAGCACUGUAUAGCUAACAGCAAAUGACCAGUCUACUUACAUUAAACAGCUGGAUACUAA